CCAUCAGACUCUACUAUCAGAUUCUACCAUCAGAGUCUAGUAUCAGAUUCUACCAUCAGAGUCUACCAUCAGAUUCUAACAUCACAUUCUAUCAUCACAUUCUACCAUCAGACUUUACCAACAGACUCUACUAUCAGAUUCUACUAUCAGAUUCUACCAUCAGAGUCUACCAUCAGAUUCUAACAUCAGAUUCUACCAUCAGACUCUACCAACAGACUCUACUAUCAGAUUCUACCAUCAGAUUCUACUAUCAGAUUCUACUAUCAGAUUCUACCAUCAGAUUCUACCAACUGCUUCUACUGUUACUCACUGUCAGAUUCUACUGUCUGAUAUUAUCAGGGUCUACCAUCAGAUUCUACCAUUAGACUCUACCAUCAGAUUCUACCAUCAGAUUCUACUGUCUAACUCUAGCAUCUGACUACCAUAAGACACUAGAAUUUGAUUCUACUAUCAGAUUCUGCUUACAAAGGGUGUAUUUUUUGUCAGUAGAUUCUCCUGGUGCACUGUGAGACUCUACUGUAUCUACUGUGAACUGCAGUCUCGGCAUCAGAUCAUAAUGUGCUCUCAGUUUGCCAUAUUUUUCUUUGUUCCUGUGUUUUUUCUGGUCGAUGCCUCCCCAACUGUUUCUUCAUCGCUUGAGAUGGGAUCGCAGUUCCAGGAGGAGGCACCAUCCUUGGACUGUCCAUCUUGCUCUCUUUCUCAGAUGAGGAGGAAUUCUUCUUCAUCCAGGGGUCAAAAUGAAAUGGUAGAGGCAGUGAAGCGUCACAUUCUCAACAUGUUGCACCUGAGUGCUCGGCCCAACCUCACACAGCCAGUUCCUCGGGCUGCACUGCUCAACGCCAUUAAAAAGUUGCAUUUUGGUCGUGUUGCUGAAGAUGGCAGCGUGGAGAUCCAGGAAGAGAGUCAGGGUGCCAGGGACCCAACACCAUCCAAACCAUCGUCUGAAAUCAUCACCUUUGGAGAAGCAGGAGACGCUCCAGACACGGUGAGCUUUGACAUUGUGAACGAGGGCAGCUGCUCAGCGGUGGUGGAACGGGCCAGUGUUUGGAUCUUCCUGAUGAAAUCUAAGGUAUUCUGGGUGAAAGGUAAAGUGAUGCUGAGGGUGCUGCAGCCCCAUCACAAUGAAGAAAGGGUGACUGAUGAGAAGUGCGUUUCAGAGAAGAUGGUGGACCCUCGACGCAGCGGCUGGCACAUGCUCGCUGUUCCUCAAACUGUUCAGACUUUACUGAACAGUGGCAGCAGUUCGCUCAGACUGCGGAUUUCCUGUCCGAUGUGUGCUGAGGCCGGGAUCUUGCCAAUCCUCAUGUCUGCCAGAGGAGAACAUUUAACAGAUCAAGAUCAGUCUCACCGCCCAUUCCUCAUGGUGGUGCUCCGAGCUGGAGUGGAAAUGCCUCAGCAGAGAGUGAAACGAGGUCUGGAGUGCGAUGGCAGAAUCCACAUCUGCUGUAAACGACAGUUUUAUGUCAACUUUAAAGACAUUGGCUGGAGUGACUGGAUUAUUGCUCCAUCUGGUUACCAUGCCAACUACUGUGAGGGCAACUGCCCAAACCAUGUGGCGAACAUCGGCAGCUUGUCUCUCUCCUUCCAUUCAGCAGUCAUCAGUCAUUACCGCAUGAGGGGCUACAGCCCGUUUCAGAACAUGAAGUCUUGCUGUGUGCCGACGAGGCUGCGGGCCAUGUCCAUGCUCUACUACAACCAGGAGCAGAGGAUCAUUAAGAAAGACAUCCAGAACAUGAUCGUGGAAGAGUGUGGGUGCUCGUAAAACUUCCUCGUCGGACUUCAGGAAUACUCUUCCUGCACAUAAAAACACAUCUGCAGAUGAUUGUCUUAGGUGACAAGUUGGAUUUCUUUCCAAAUUGAAAUGAGCUGAUAAAAACUUUGCAACCUAUGAUGGCAUCACGUGUGUGUGGUUCUUAGCUGCUUUUCUUCUGCUGAUUAUGACAUUUGUCUGAGGUUCAACUUCUGUAAAACAUCUCUGUGGUGAGAAACUUGAAAUGCUUUUUUCAUCGAGCUGCUGGAGCUAAACUUUCCUAUUAUUAUUAUUAUUAUUAUUAUUAUUAUUAUUAUUAUUAUUAUUACAGCAUAUAAGUUAGAUGUAAAUAUAAAUACAGAGUGAACAAAGCUUUGUCAAACCAAAGUCAACACUGACUCUCCACCCUAACCGGUCGAGGUAGAUAGCUGCCGUCCCUGAGUCGGGUUCUCUUUCUGGUUCUAGUUCUGCUGGAAGUUUCUUCUUUCUGUUAAAGGGGGGGUUUCCUUUCCACUGCCUCUUGCAUGCUCAGGAUGGGGGGGGGGGGGGGGGGGGGGGUCAUCAUAUCAAAGUCAAGAUUCAAUGCAGUCUGCUGGUUUUCAUUAUUUAGGCUAUUAUUUAUCAUGAAUUGCCUUGAACUGAUUUGUCUGUAAAGCCCUGAGAUGACGUUCUUGUGAAUAAUUAAAUGUAUAAUUAAAGCUUGGUUCAUUUUUUCAAACCUCUAAAUGAGCUCUCUCGUAUAAACAUGGCUAAUGUUUAAUUAUUUGACUAGAUGAUAAAAACAUUUAAUCUUUGGUCAUUGUUUUAUGUGAAUUUAAUCUAAUUUAUUGGUCUUUUUGUUUUGUUAUUAAACAAAGUGUCAGUUAAGAUUUU